AUGGCGACGGAGGAGGUAGGAUUGAGCUUCACGGUGGCGUCAGUAAUGGAGGAUGUGUUGCAGCAACACGGGAAUGGGCUGAGAGAUGACGAUCUAGAGUCUCGUCGAGCUGAAGAAGCUGCAUCGAGGAGAUACGAAGCGGCCAGCUGGCUGAGGAAGAUGGUGGGAGUGGUUGGAGCUAAAGAUUUGCCAGCAGAGCCAACAGAGGAAGGGCUUAGGCUUGGACUGAGAAGUGGAAUCAUCCUUUGCAAAGUCCUCAACAAGGUCCAGCCUGGCGCUGUUUCCAAGGUUGUGGAAAGUCCUUGUGAUGCCCUUGUCGUCGCCGAUGGAGCGCCGUUGUCAGCGUUUCAGUAUUUUGAGAAUGUUAGGAACUUCCUCGUUGCUAUCCAGGAAAUGGGCUUUCCAACUUUUGAAGCAUCUGAUCUUGAGCAAGGAGGAAAAGCUUCUCGUGUAGUCAACUGUGUUUUGGCAAUCAAAUCGUAUGAUGAGUGGAAACAAAGUGGUGGAAUUGGAGUUUGGAAAUUUGGCGGUAGCAUAAAGGCUCCUACAAUUGGGAAAUCUUCAUUUGUGAGGAAAAACUCUGAGCCCUUCAUGAACUCUUUAUCGAGAACCUCAUCGAUCAACAACGAGAAAUCCACCUCUGAGACUGCUUCUAACAAAGGGUCAAAUUCAGGUUCCUUGAGCACACUUGUUCGCGCUGUUCUAUCGGAUAAAAAGCCUGAGGAUGUGCCUAACCUGAUUGAAUCUCUGCUUAGCAAAGUUGUCCAAGAGUUUGAAAAUCGAGUUUCAAAUCAGUAUCAUUUGGUUAGAGAAGCUCCAAGAGAAACAACUUCUUCUCAUAACAACAAAUCAUUUGUUCAACCUCUUGGUGAAAGAGAGAGAGAAGAGAAGAGUUUCAAAGCAAUGAAGAAAGAUGAAACCAAUCAGAAAAGCCUGAUUCUUGACAAGGAGAUGAAAAAUCAACAAUUGACAAUCUUCAACCAACAACAACAAGAUAUAGAAGGACUAAGGCAAACACUUUACACUACAAGGGCUGGUAUGCAAUACAUGCAGAAGAAAUUUCAAGAAGAGUUCUCUUCUCUUGGUAUGCAUGUUCAUGGUCUUGCUCAUGCUGCUUCUGGCUAUCACCGAGUUCUUGAAGAAAACCGAAAACUUUAUAACCAAGUUCAGGACCUCAAAGGUAGCAUCCGUGUCUAUUGCCGGGUCCGACCAUUUUUGCCUGGACAAUCCAGCUUUUCUAGUACAAUUGGGAACAUGGAGGACGAUACUAUAGCGAUUAGUACUGCAUCAAGACAUGGAAAAUCACUCAAGUCCUUCACUUUCAACAAAGUCUUUGGCCCAUCAGCUAGUCAAGAGGAGGUAUUCUCUGAUAUGCAGCCAUUGAUCCGUUCUGUUCUUGAUGGAUUCAAUGUUUGCAUAUUUGCAUAUGGUCAAACUGGAUCUGGAAAAACACACACAAUGAGUGGACCAAGAGAUCUAACAGAGAAGAGUCAAGGAGUUAACUAUAGAGCACUUGAGAUUAGGAGCAGCUCUCAAAAGGGUCUAAGUGUACCGGAUGCAAGUCUUGUGCCGGUUUCUUCAACAUUAGAUGUUAUUGAUGUGAUGAAAGUUGGGCAUAAGAAUCGUGCUGUUGGAUCAACAGCCUUGAAUGAUCGAAGCAGUCGUUCUCACAGUUGCUUGACUGUACAUGUUCAAGGUAGAGACUUGACUUCAGGAGCUGUUCUGCGAGGAUGCAUGCACCUUGUGGAUCUAGCAGGCAGUGAAAGGGUGGACAAAUCUGAGGUUACUGGAGACAGACUAAAAGAAGCACAACACAUCAACAGAUCUCUCUCUGCUUUAGGAGAUGUGAUUGCUUCACUAGCUCACAAGAACCCACAUGUUCCUUACAGAAACAGCAAACUCACACAACUCCUUCAAGACUCUCUUGGAGGACAAGCAAAGACAUUGAUGUUUGUCCAUAUCAGUCCCGAGGCAGAUGCAGUUGGGGAAACAAUAAGCACUUUGAAAUUUGCAGAGAGAGUAGCUACGGUUGAGCUCGGUGCUGCUCGGGUGAACAAUGAUACUUCAGACGUCAAGGAACUCAAAGAACAGGUUGCUACUCUUAAAGCAGCACUCGCGAGAAAAGAAGCAGAGUCACAACUGAACAACAAGAUCUUAACAACUCCUGGUGGCUCUGAGAAACACAAAGCCAAAACUGGUGAAGUAGAGAAAACUGAAAGCUGUGAAGUGGAGGAGAUUACAGUGAACUCACCACCAUGGCCACCAGUAGCAAGUCCAGGCCAAACAUACAGAGACGAAGACAGAAGUGAGUGGGUUGAUAAGGUAAUGGUGAAUCACAGGCAAGACGAGAUGAGAAGAGUGGAGAGUCUUUGGGGAGGAGGAACAACAGACAGUGGGAUCAGUGUUCUGCCUGAAGAUUUUUACACGAGAGAACUUUCUUCAGACACUUCAAGAUUAUUCUCUGAACAUUCUUACAACAUCUUCAUGGGAAACAACAACACAGACGAUCUAGAUGCAGCCACAAGUGACUCGUCUGAGCCAGAUUUGCUGUGGCAGUUUAACCAAUCCUCCAAGACAUCAUCAACAACAAGCCAUAUUGAGUCAAAACCCAAGAAACCUGUCUCUAAAUCGAUAAAAAGUCCUCCUCAAUUAAGGAACUCAAUCACGGUUACACGUCCUUCAGCUUCACAGAAGCUUAAGCUUGCGAAUGGUCCUCGUGGCACGAAACAGUUUGGUCCUGCUGAUAUGAAGCGGAAAGCUACCGUCAGACAUUGA